AUGGCGGGAGUCGUCAACACCGCGAGACUAUCGGCGCGGCUUGCGAGCAGAUAUGCACCCCGACAAAGCACACGCCGGCGCCUCCAUGUCUCCUCGAGACAACGCGCCGCUCAGAACUACACCAUGCCAGCCCUCUCACCCACCAUGACCGAAGGAAACAUUGCAACAUGGCGGGUCAAAGAGGGCGAUUCCUACUCAGCUGGCGAUGUCAUCCUCGAGAUCGAGACGGACAAAGCGACCAUGGAUGUUGAGGCGCAAGAUGAAGGAAAGCUCUUUAAGAUCACCCAGCCUGACGGCGCAAAGGGUGUAAAAGUCGGACAGCGGAUAGCGGUCAUGGCAGAGGAGGGAGACGAUCUCAGCAGUCUGGAAAUGCCAGCGGACGACAGCAGUGCAUCCGCAAGCUCAGGGAAGGAGGAGAAGCAGCCAGCAGAAGACCGCAAAACCGACUCCGCCUCUCCAAAGCAAGAAGCCUCCUCCACUGGCGGCAGCAGAGAGAUCGACCCCGGCGUUUCCGACCCCAAGGAGAUGGAAAAGCCCUACGCCGAGUCCGCACCCACCAAACCCGCCGCCGACCGAACGCAGAAACACUACAAAUACCCUCUCUUUCCCGCCGUCCAACAACUGCUCCACGAAAAGAACAUCUCCGACCCCUCCUCCAUCCCAGCCACCGGCCCCAACGGCCGCCUCCUCAAGGGCGACGUGCUCGCCUACCUAGGCCAGAUCAACAAAGACUACCCCUCCGCCCUCUCCGCCCGCCUCACCAAACUCUCCCACCUCGACCUCACGCACACCGUCGCCGCGCAGCCCACGCAACCCGACCAGCCCGCACAAAAAGGCGAAGUCCCCGCAUCAAAACCCGACAUCGAACUACCCUCCGAGACCGAGAUCGCGGUCCCCAUAAGCCUCAGCGCCGUUAUCGCCACCCAGAAACGCGUCCAGAGUACGCUAGACAUCUUCCUCCCCCUCUCGACUUUCAUCGCCCGCGCCUCCGAACUCGCCAACUCCGACCUCCCAGCCCGCAAAGGCGCUGCGCCGUCAGCAGACGAACUAUUCAACUCCGUCCUUGGCCUCGACAAAAUCCCUCGCAGCUCCCGGGGGAGGUUCUUCCCGCAGAUCAGUGGCAUUUCCCCGCUCCCUCCGACCAGACCGGCGAGGAAAGCGAAGAAGGCGGAUAUCAUCGACUUGCUCGCGCCGAAAGCCGCGAAGAGUAAGGAGGUCGGGCGCGGACAAAUCGCGAGCGCGUUGGGCGUGAGUGCGGGGGAUAAUGUGUUCUCUGUGCUUGCCGGGCGGGGGGAGGAGGAAAGGGCGACGGAGUAUUUGGAGAGGCUGAAGAUGGCGCUGGAGAAGGAGCCCGGGCGGCUGGUACUGUAG